AUGGCAGGUCCAAACCCUGAUUCUCACUCGAAGAGGAACAAGAAAAUGUCGAAGUUUUACGGGUUUCACAGCUUCGCGGAGGCAGGAGUCCCAGUCUCUCUCGACGGCGCGUUUCGGGACAACGUCCGGCAGUUUCUGCUACAGUGCGCCGAGCCGGAGGACUACAGCGUGGACGGCAUGCCCGUUUGGUGCACGUUUCUGGUGUACGAGAGCAAAGGAACCGUUCUUCCCCUUUACACAGUUGAAGAAAAUGUGAAGCAUUCUGAUAAACCCUUUUGCGAGUACUGCCGUAGCUCGGGAUGGAGCCAUCAUUUUGUGUCGAGUAGGAAGUAUCGCUUGAUAAUCCCAGGGAAUGAAGACUGGAAUAAUCCACUCGAUGAGGGUGCUUUUGAUCAACAGACGCAUCUCUUGCAUGGUUUGAUUCACUGCAAUGGCUCUGGGCAUCUGAUCUGCAUCAAUGGAGUUGAGGGGGGUUCCAAGUACAUUUGUGGAGGAGAAAUCAUGGACCUGUGGGACCGUAUCUGCACGACUCUUCAAGUGAGGCAAAUUUCAGUGGAAGAUUUGUCUAGAAAGCAUAAUAUGGACCUCCGCUUGCUACACGGAGUUGCUUACGGGCACUCUUGGUUUGGGAAAUGGGGCUACAGAUUCUCCCGUGGCAGCUUUGGGGUGAAGGAGCAUAAUUACGAAUCGGCUAUGGAUGUUUUUAGUUCCCUUGGCCUCGAACAAGUCAUGGAUGAUUUCAGUUUCACUAGUGAAAGCACACCCAUCAAACAAAUGAUCCAUCACUACAGAGGCAUGAGCGAAACUAAUCUGGUCACUAUCCGGGACUUAUUCCGAUUUAUGCUGACCCUGAAAACCAAACCUCCUGCCAGAAGGUGCUCGGUGACUCCCUUCAUGAAACCAGCAAGGCCUGAGGAGAAGGAAACAUCAUUACCCACCUCCUUCAAGCAAUGCUCGUUGAAAACUUCCUCCAGGCUCGCUGUCAGGCCCGACCCGCCCGGCAAAGAGAAAAAAACUGCAAAGUGCAGGAAGUUUUCUAAUCUUGCUGCCAAUAUGGACUCCCGGUGGCCCGUCAGGAGGCUCCAGCAUGUAGCAGAAGUCAUAGUUGAGGCCUUGAGAGAAAAACGGGCCAAGAAUAGGGCUGGUAGCUGUGGUAUGACCAGACAGGAGGCACGGGAUGCAGCCCGCGUGGAAAUUGGCGAUACGGGCUUAAUCGACCACGUGCUGAAGGCGAUGAACAACGUUAUUGUCGGGAAUUACGUUGUCUGCCGGGCAGUGAACAAAAGCACUAAGAUCCUCGAGUACACCAUUCACGAUCAUCACAAGGAUGAGAAAAAUAUUUCCACCAUAAAGACUCCAAACCCGGUUCAGGCAAUCAUGUUAACUCCCGGAAGAAGCGUAAUCGAUGACCUCAAGUUUUUGUACAACAGCGUGCUCCUUGGCUACCCGGAUCCCGGGCCUGCAAAAUUUGCGGCCCAAAUGAUUCUCUACAGCAAGCACUUUGUCAAGGAGUGGCCUUUCAGGGAUGAGGAUGACCACACGCUGAGAUUCAUCUGCAGGCUAACAACGAGCUCGUUCGAUCUAAUGGACGACAUUUCGCGUGACUACCCGCCACGUGAGCUCGUGAUCGUCCCACUCCACGCGACGCUUGGCGAACUCAAAAUAGCCGUGCAGAAUGCGAUGCGAGACACAUACUAUGUUACAGAGGGAUUAGUAGUGACAGAGAUCCUGGAGACUGAAGGGGUGGAGGACGAGGAGGUACUAUUUGGGCUGGUCGAAUCGGGCCGGGAGAUAUGGGCGAGGGGAUACGGGCUCGACAUGGGGGAAGGUGGGCCGAAGUACGAGGGCGGGUCUGAGAGCUGGACGGUGAAGUGCAGGUGCGGGGCUCGGGACGAUGAUGGGGAGAGGAUGGUAUCGUGCGAUAUUUGUGAGGCGUGGCAGCACACUCUGUGCAGUGGUAUUGAGGACUCGGAGGCUGUGCCCAGGCUGUUUGUGUGUGACUCGUGCUGUAGUACGCUUGCGCCCGAGCGGGUAGGCUGUGGUUUCAUGAAUGAGUAUGAUUCGUACGAGAAUCCGAUGACAAUGAUGAUGAUGCCUGAGGUUGACAUGCGGCUGCUAUACUAG